CAUCUAUCAACAGUGCUCUCUACCACAACCAUGGGCUCCGCGACCCAAAUUCCAAACCGCGAAAAAGAUGAAGAGAUCCCCGACUGGAAUCUCACCGAGGUAGACCGCAUGCUCCUUCGCCAGACAGACGAGGAAUACGAGCCACACUCCUGGGACGAACUGAAAUGGAUAAUCCAGGAAAAUAGACUUGAACUCUUCAAGCGCCUCCCUUCUCACCUCAGACGCUACAUCAACUGGUCAAAGGGCAUAAAAGAGCGGUACGGAGGCACCCUCAACUACAUCUGUCAGGAGCGUCUCAGCUGGGACGUGCAAGACUCCAAAGUCGUGUCCAGGAAUCCCAUCCCCUUAGCAAGCCCCUCCGACUAUUGCAUCCGCUUCAAUGACUGGCCGUACGGGGUUGCACCGGGGAUCCGACACCUGGUCGUCUGGCUGAAGACCCCGUUCCCCUUGCAGGAAGAUGGAAGCCUGGCUUCCGAAUCGCGCGCGCGCAUCGAGACGUUUGUGUCGGCUACUUUUGCGCAGCGUUUGGCGAGGGAGGACCAUGCGGAUGCGCCUGAGGACCGGGUGUUGUGGUUCAAGAAUUGGGCUGCGUUGCAGAGCGUGUCCGCGUUGGAGCAUUUCCAUGUUAUGGUGAGGGAUGCAAGCGAGCAGGCUCUGGGGGAGUGGAUUGGGGCAGAUAAUAUGGUGACCAUCUGUGAUGUGUCAAAGUGAGCGGUCUUCCAGUUCCGUAUAAUCAGGACUAUGCAAAAUCUACAGUCUAGGCAUAUUAGAUUGAAUUAGGGGAAGAGACCGUGAUUCCUAAAUUUAACUUUCACUACUGCCUUGUUGAUGUUUGCUUCUGCUCAACUAUGUGUAAUAAUGCAUUUUCUCUCCAGGUUUGGAUAGUCGCUCAUAGUGCGU